CCUGCAGCCGCCAUCAUUCCGUGCUGUAAGGCCGACCCCAUCAUGUCUUCCAACGGAGACCUCUGCAACCUCAGCAGCUCUGACAGCUUUUGGGAGCCGGGGAACUACAAAAGGACGGUGAAACGGAUCGACGAUGGUCACCGUCUGUGUAACGAGCUCAUCAGCUGCUUCCAGGAACGAGCUAAAAUAGAAAAGAGCUACGCUCUUCAGCUGAGCGACUGGGCCAAACGAUGGAGGGGCAUUGUGGAAAAAGGACCUCAGUACGGGACCCUGGAGAAGGCGUGGCAUGCCUUCAUGCAGGCGGCUGACCGCCUCAGCGAGAUGCACAUGGAGCUGCGGGAGCGGCUGGCGGGCGAGGACAGCAAGAAGGUUCACAACUGGCAGAAAGAGGCUUUCAACAAGCAAAUGAUGGGAGGCUUCAAGGAGACUAAAGAUGCGGAGGACGGCUUCAGAAAAGCUCAGAAACCCUGGGUCCGUAAACUGAAGGAGAUGGAGUCUAGUAAGAAGAGCUACCACCAGGCCAGGAGGGAGGAGUGGACAGCUGUUACCAGGGAAACGCACGCCAAGGCUGACCCGUCCAAGUCGCAGGAGGAAGUCCGCAAAUACACAACCCGAGUGGAGCGCUGCAGCCAGGAGGCCGAGAAGGUGGAGGAUCGCUACAAAAAGGCCCUGGAGGAGCUGAACCGCUGCAACCCUCGCUACAUGGAGGACAUGGAGCAGGUGUUUGACCUCACCCAGGAGGCCGAGCGAAAGAGGCUGCGCUUCUUUAAAGACGUCCUGCAGGACGUCCACACGCACCUGGACCUGUCUGCCAAAGAAAGUUUCAAAAACCUGUACCGGGACCUGGGUCAGACCAUCCAAGCAGCCAACGAAGCAGAAGACCUCAGAUGGUGGAGGAACACCCACGGACCGGGCAUGAGCAUGAACUGGCCCCAGUUUGAGGAGUGGUCUCCGGAGACGAGUCGAUCCAUCAGCAGGAAGGAGAGAGGAGGGGACUCUAAGGAGAACGUGGUCACCCUCACCAACAUCGUCUCAUCAGGAGGAGGCGACACCCCGCCCAGUCCCAUCACUGUGGAAACCAGCAGGGUGAAGGAGUAUUCAUCAGACUGGUCCGACAAGGACAGUCCCAAAAAGGCCCUGGUGAUGAACGGUGUGGGGGAGGCCGACGAGGAGGAGCAGGGAGAGGGGGUGCUGGUGCGAGCGCUCUAUGAUUACACGGGUCAGGAGGCGGACGAGCUCAGCUUUAAAGCAGGGGACGAGCUGCUGAAGCUGGGGGAGGAGGAUGAGCAGGGCUGGUGUAAAGGACAGCUGAGGGAUGGUCAGAUGGGCCUGUACCCUGCCAACUACGUCCAGCUCCUCACCUCCUGAUGCUCCGUCAGCCCGAGAUGGAGCUGAACGUGACCAACCAGAACCAAUCCGAACGAGUCGGAGCUACCAGAACAUCACGUCCUGCAGAGGAACCAGAACACUUCUGCUUACUGAUAGUAAAGAUUUCUAUGUUUUCUGUUUGAGCCACAAAAGGCUGUUUAUGUUUGAACAAUCCAGAAGAAAGAGAAAAGCCACAGGACGUCUGCUGCCACCUCACCUGCUGUUUUUGAAGAAUCGUUUCACUGAGCUCUGACUUUUGGGUGUCCGCUCAUUCUGUUCGUAUCUAACCCCGAAGAGAGUCAAGUUCAUUCAACCUUUAUUUAAAUGGUAAACGGACUGUACUUAUACAACACCUUUCUAUCUUAUAG